UGUAGUUUGAUUAGCAGCUGAUGCAUGAUUGAAGUUGUUUGUGUUAUGCAGGGAUGCUGUGUGAAUGCUCCAAUGAUUACAGUGGCUGAUUACUCUAAUGGAUCAGAAGGAUAUACUUACAAUUAUUUUGAAGAUGUAACCCCAGAGAAAGUAAUUGAGAUAGUUGAAAAGCUGAGAAAGGGCGAGAAGCCACCGCAUGGCACACAAAAUCCACAGCGGAUUAGGAGUGGACCUGAAGGGGGGAAUACUACAUUGUUAGGUGAGCCCAAACCUCCUCCAUGCCGUGACCUGGAUGCCUGAUGAUGAGUG